AUGUCCGACCCCAAAGCGACCGCUGGUGGAUCAAAAUCACGGACGGGAUGCUCAGAGUGCAAAAGAAAACGCGUGAAAUGUGAUGAGGGCAAGCCUAGUUGCGGAAGGUGCAAGAGACAUCCCGAGCGAUGCUCGUAUGAGUUGAAACUGUCUUGGACGCAGGGUCGACCUUUCAAGAAGCCGAGGACGAAAGAGCCUUGGGUCAUAAAUCUCGAUGCAAAAUAUCCACUGUUGUGUCCAUCUGAGUCUCCUAAUGCUUACUUCUUCCUUCACCAUUAUAUCACACAUACAUCGCUUACACUUUUCCCAUUGAUGGCACCUGCAAUACAUCAACAGGUCCUAACGGUCGCGGCUCAAACACCACAUCUACUCUCGGCAGCUUUAGCUUUAUCUUGCGAUCAAGUACGGCGCCUCCGUGGAAAUGAUUCAAUCGAGCUACAGAAUCGAGCAUCUUUCUUCUUGCGCAAGGCCAUCACUGGUUUACGGAAGGCGAUGAACGAUCCAACAGAGGCACCCGCCUUCUCAACCAUAUGCACUGUUCUCUUCCUAUGUACGAACGAAGUCAUGGCUGGAAACACCAUGGCCAUGCGUACACAUCUCAAUGGUGCAGAACAUUUGCUAUCCCUCGCUCUCGGGAAAUCUAGACACGAAGCCGUCGCAGAUCUGGACGACCAAAAACUGUUUCUCAUUCGUUGGUUUGCUGUCGUAGAUAUAUUCGCCAGCAUUAUGAGCCUUGAUAAGACUACCUCCUCAGAUGGUCAAUUCUGGUCGAUAGGAGCUCCAAGCAGCACUCCCUCGCCACAGUACAUUGACGAGUUCGUCGGCUUCUCACUGGAGCUGAUGCCAGUCCUUGCGCGAAUAGGUCGUAUGGCACGUCUGCAACGCCGCCGCAAGUCUUUAGGAUCUUCACUCGGCUCCGGCUAUGCCGAGAUGGCUGAUGACUUAGAUAUGCUGUUAGCAGACAACAUCUUACUUACCGAGCAACAGCUUUCCCUCCUGUUCACCCGCGCUUCGUCGCCUUCGCUCUCACAUACACAGGAUCCCGUGCUGGUGGUCGAAGCUGUAUACGUACACCAGAUGUUCGUACACGCCGCACUGUUGCACUUAUACCGUCGCGUACAAGAGCUUCCAGAGCUCGAUCCAAAGCCUGCAGUAGCGCUAGCUUUUAUGCUGGAUCUGCUAGGAAAGCUUAGACCAGAAUCGCCCGCUAAUGUUCUGAUUCUUUGGCCGCUGUUCACAGCAGGAUGUGAGGCUGAGGAUCCACAAUUAAGGGAUUACAUCGAAGCUUGCAUGAAUCGCAUCCGCAACUACGGCUGGGGCAAUGCAGAUGCCGCUUCGGCGGCCUUGCGAGCCUACUGGGACCAAGGCAAUGGCGAGCGCUGGGAUGUCUUUCUUGAGCGCAGAGGCUUUGAUGUUGUGCUAUUCUGA